UUAUUACAGAAAAUAAUGAAAAUUAAGAAGACAAGAACAGGAGAAGGAAAGGGAAAGCAUAUCAACAAGAAAAGCCUGAAAAGAAAGAAGAAAAUGGAAAGAUUUGAAACAGACAAUGAAGUAAAAAGGAUGAAAGCGACUAACAGCAAUGUUCAAUCUGAAUGUAGGAUACCUACAGAGAAAAGAGAGGAAGACGACCUUAAAAACGAAUGGAAAUCUAGAAUGGAAAGGGGUUUUCAGGAGAAUAAUAUGAAAAUGGAGAAAUUUCAAGCUCAGAUGGAAAAGGAAAAAGCUGAGAACGCUAAGAACGCUAAGAAAAUCGAGGAAAUUCUCACUUUAGUGAAAUCUGGAAAAGAAGAAAAUAGAAAGAGAAUUGUGGACAAGGACGUGGAACAGGACAAAAAGGUUGAUAGAACUAAUAUUGAGCAACUACAAUGUCAAGUGGAAAAGGAGAAAGAAAAGAAUAGGAGGAUGAUUGAAGUCAUCUCUGAUCUGACGCUACAGCUCAAUAAAAACGAAGAGGAAAACAAAAUUCUGAAAAUGGAAAAAGAAGAGCUGGAGCAAAGGAUAAUUACUCUAGAUACGGAACAGCAUACAGAACAAGAAGAAAGAAGAAGAUUGAAGAAAAUGAAUAACGCCAGGGGAAUGGAAGAAAUGGAAUGGAUGAAUGAAAAGAUAAGUGAAAUUGAUGUUCUUAAGAAAGAGAAAGAUGCUGAAAUUCAGAAAAGAAAUGUUGCAGAGAAUGAGUUGAGAGAGUUGAAAAUCCUAUUCAACCAAAACAUAAUGGAUUUCAUUAAAACAUCAGAAGAAGCUGCGAAGCUCGUGAAAACUGUAAACGUGCUGAACGAGAAAAUUGUAAACUACGAAGAGGUUAAAAUUGCAUUUAAACAUGUAAACGAUAAUUUAGCAAAGGUGAUAAAAGAGCAACAACAUGAACUGACCACAUACAAACAAGAAUUGAAAAAGGAGACAGAGAAAGACAUGAAUGGGAUCAAGAAUAAACACCACAAGAAUGAGGCCUGUUGCAGCCGCAGAUGCAGGAUGAAUACUGAAAACUUCAAGAAUGCUCCUGGGGCUACCACUUAAUAUAUACUGAUCAGUUGGUUCCUUGUCCCUCUCUAAUAAAAUUAUAAAGAACCUUUAGUUUGGGUACAGUGGUACACCUUAAAGAAUGCUCGUUAUCAUUUUUUAAAACUAAUUUCCUAGCCAUGAUAAUUUGAAAAUUUUCACAGCUUUCAUUUUUUUUUAAUUUUUGGAAUAAAUGUUUUUUUUAGAAAUUUAUAAAGAUUGAGUAAAUUAUAAAAUUCACAAAGUGAACAAAAGUAACGCCUAAAAAAAGAAAAGAAACCCCCAAAAAAUGCUGACUCUGGAAAGUCAUACAAUUUUAAGAAUCUGCAAGUGUCAUUAUAUUCAUUGCCCACAAAGAUUGAGACUUCAGAAUUUUGUUAUUUAUAGUUUUAGAAAUCUUGCAUCCUAGACCUCAAAUCCUCAAAUUAAGGAACUGGAUUCACUUUCCUCAAGUUCUAAUUUCUAGCUCUUUUUAUAUCUUUGCAACAGCUAGCUGAUGUGUUGUAAAACUCUAAAUUCUGAGGGAACAAGUGGAUACUGAUACUUAUACAAACCAUAAAUAACUUUAACACUGUGAUUGUCUAAAAUACUUGUUCGUUCUUUUUUAGUUUUUAGUUCAUUUGAAUCUAGUUCGUUCAGUAAUAUUGUCCGAUGCUCUGAUCGGCGAUCGACAGGGUUAAUAUAUAAAAUUCAACUUUUUUCAACUUGACAAACUUAUAUUGAAAAAUAAGAUUUUUUAAAUUUAAAAAUGAUGUAAAUUAUACAAACAUGAAACAAAUGAUUGCAAUCAUUUAAGAAUUUCCAUUUGUGAUCACUUAAAUAUUUGAAUAACAAAAAGAACUUGUAAAUUUUCUGUGCUCGAUCCUUACAACUUGCUGUAAACCAUGUAUACUCUUUGUUCUCGCGUACAUCCUAGAUACCUAGGAAGUACAUUGAUAGGAUUCUGUUUGGAUACAAAUAAAGAGGAUGUUCAGAAC